GCCAGCCCGCACAACCCAGUAUCGCACCCAGCAGUGAACAGUCGUGUGAUCCAGCAGCCCAAGUUGUCACCCACCUCCAAGGAUGCGUUCACGUCCAGCCCCGGCCGGGACCUGCCCCCCUUCGAGGAUGAGUCCGAAGGGCUCCUGGGGACCGAGGGGCUCCCCGAGGAGGAGGAAGAAGGAGAAGAGCUCAUUGGGGAAGGGAUGGAAAGGGACUACCGCCCCAUCCCCGAGCUGGACGUCUACGAAGCAGAGGGCCUGGCCUUGGAUGAUGAAGAAGUGGAGGAGCUGACCGCCAGCCAGCGGGAAGCUGCGGAGCGAGUGAUGAGGCAGCGGGACCGCGAGCUGGAGCAGGGCAUGGGCCGCAUGAGGAGGGGUCUGCUUUACGAUAGUGAUGAUGAAGAUGAAGACCGUCCCUCACGGAAGAGGCGGCUGGCAGAACGAGCUGCCGACGGCAUGGAAGAGGAAGAUGAAGACAUGAUUGAGAGCAUUGAGAAUCUGGAAGACAUGAAAGGGCAUUCAGUGAGGGAGUGGGUUUCCAUGGCAGCUCCCCGGCUUGAGAUCUACCACCGCUUCAAGAACUUCUUGAAGACCCAUGUGGAUGACCACGGGCACAACGUCUUCAAGGAGAGGAUCAGCGACAUGUGCAAAGAGAACAGAGAGAGCCUGGUGGUGAACUACGAGGAUCUGGCAGCCCAGGAACAUGUCCUGGCCUACUUUCUGCCUGAGGCCCCAGCAGAAAUGCUGAAGAUCUUUGAUGAAGCCGCGAAGGAAGUGGUGUUGGCCAUGUACCCCAAAUAUGAUCGUAUUGCUCAGGAGAUCCACGUCCGUAUCUCCCACCUUCCUCUGGUGGAAGAGUUGCGGUCACUCAGGCAACUGCACUUGAACCAGUUGAUCCGGACCAGUGGUGUGGUGACAAGUUGCACAGGGGUCCUGCCUCAGCUCAGCAUGGUCAAAUACAACUGCAGCAAGUGCAGUUUCAUCCUGGGACCCUUCUUCCAGUCCCAGAACCAGGAGGUGAAGCCCGGUUCCUGCCCAGAGUGUCAGUCUCUUGGCCCCUUUGAAAUCAACAUGGAAGAGACGGUGUAUCAGAACUACCAGCGUAUCAAAAUCCAGGAGAGCCCUGGGAAGGUGGCUGCCGGCAGGCUGCCCCGCUCCAAGGACGCCAUUCUCCUCGCCGACCUGGUCGACAGCUGCAAGCCAGGGGAUGAGAUUGAGCUGACAGGCAUCUACCACAACAACUACGAUGGCUCCUUGAACACCGCCAACGGGUUCCCGGUGUUCGCGACUGUGAUCCUGGCCAACCACAUCGCCAAGAAGGACAACAAGCUGGCGGUCGGGGAGCUGACUGAUGAGGAUGUGAAGGUCAUUGUGGGUCUGUCCAAGGAUGAGCAAAUCGGGGAGAAGAUUUUUGCCAGCAUUGCCCCAUCUAUUUACGGGCAUGAAGAUAUCAAGAGGGGCUUGGCUUUAGCUCUCUUCGGUGGAGAGCCCAAAAACCCAGGUGGCAAACACAAAGUCCGUGGUGACAUCAACGUGCUGCUGUGUGGAGACCCUGGUACGGCAAAAUCCCAGUUUCUUAAAUACAUAGAGAAGGCAUCAAGCAGAGCAAUCUUCACCACUGGCCAGGGCGCCUCUGCUGUGGGUCUCACAGCCUACGUCCAGAGGCACCCAGUAAGCAAGGAGUGGACACUGGAAGCAGGAGCCCUCGUGCUGGCUGACAGAGGUGUCUGCCUGAUCGAUGAAUUCGACAAGAUGAAUGAUCAAGACAGGACCAGCAUCCACGAAGCCAUGGAGCAGCAGAGCAUUUCCAUCUCCAAAGCAGGCAUUGUCACGUCCUUGCAAGCCCGCUGCACCGUUAUUGCUGCUGCGAAUCCCAUAGGUGGGCGGUACGACCCAUCGUUGACCUUUUCGGAGAACGUAGACCUGACAGAGCCCAUCAUCUCCCGGUUUGAUAUCCUGUGCGUGGUGAGAGACACAGUGGACCCUGUGCAGGAUGAAAUGCUUGCCCGAUUCGUCGUUGGCAGCCAUGUCAAGCAUCACCCAGGUAGCAAGGAGACAGCGAAUGGGGAUGCCAGUGAGGUUGUUCUUCCCAACACAUACGGGGUUGAACCCAUUCCCCAGGAGAUCCUGAGGAAGUACAUCGUCUAUGCCAAAGAGAAGGUCCACCCCAAACUCAACCAGAUGGACCAGGACAAGGUGGCCCGCAUGUACAGCGACCUCAGGAAAGAGUCUAUGGCAACCGGCAGCAUCCCCAUCACCGUGCGUCACAUCGAGUCCAUGAUCCGCAUGGCCGAGGCUCACGCCCGGAUGCACCUGCGGGACUACGUGGUGGAGGACGACGUCAACAUGGCCAUCCGGGUGAUGCUGGAGAGCUUCAUCGACACGCAGAAGUUCAGCGUCAUGCGGAGCAUGCGCAAGACGUUCUCCCGCUACCUUUCAUUCAAACGAGACAACAACGAGCUGCUGCUGUUCAUCCUGAAGCAGCUGGUUGCGGAGCAGGUGAUGUACCAGAGGAACCGCUACGGGGCACAGCAGGACACCAUCGAAGUCCCAGAGAAGGACCUGGUGGAUAAGGCGCGGCAGAUCAACAUCCACAACCUCUCUGCCUUCUACGACAGCGACGUGUUCAGGAUGAACAGGUUCAGCCGGGAUGUGAAGCGCAAGCUGAUAGUGCAGCAGUUCUGAGGCUGUCGGCGGAGGUCACCGCAUCUCCUGGGAGAUGGGAUCCCCAUAGACCCCCAGGAACACCACAGAGGUCACGAUCCAGAGGGACCGAGCUGCACAUUCUCUUACUUGCUUUGUACUUUGUGGAUUAUGGGGGUGCUGAGCUGCUGAAGAGCUUGUAAACAGCACAGAGUUAAGUAGUUAAAUGCCCAGC